GACGCGGGCGCCGGCAGGGCACCGGCGCUCCCGUCCCCGCCGCGCCAUGCCGCUGGGGCACAUCAUGAGGCUGGACCUGGAGAGAAUCGCCCUGGAGUACGUCGUGCCCUGCUUGCACGACAUCGGCUUCUGCUACCUGGACAACUUCUUGGGGGAGGUGGUGGGGGACUGCGUGCUGGAGCGGGUGAAGCGGAUGCACCGCGACGGGGAGCUGGCCGACGGGCAGCUGGCCGGCCCCAGCCGCGGCGUCGCCAAGCGGCACCUCCGCGGCGACCAGAUCAAGUGGAUCGGGGGCACGGAGGAGGGCUGCGAGGCCAUCAACUUUCUCCUCACGCUGAUAGACCGGCUGGUGAUGUACUGCGGGAGCCGACUCGGCAAGUACUACGUGAAAGAGCGAUCCAAGGCUAUGGUUGCUUGCUAUCCUGGAAAUGGAACUGGUUAUGUUCGUCAUGUGGACAAUCCAAAUGGUGAUGGGCGCUGCAUCACCUGUAUUUAUUACCUGAAUAAGAAUUGGGACUCCAAGCUGCAUGGUGGAAUUCUUCGAAUAUUCCCAGAAGGAAAGUCCUAUGUAGCAGAUGUUGAGCCAAUUUUUGACCGAUUACUUUUUUUUUGGUCAGAUAGAAGGAACCCACAUGAAGUCCAGCCUUCUUAUGCAACCAGAUAUGCCAUGACUGUGUGGUAUUUUGAUGCCGAAGAAAGAGCAGAAGCCAAAAAAAAGUUCAGGAGCUUAACGGAUGCAAGGAAGAGAGAAGCACCUCUUAAUGAAGACUAAUCAACUGUUUCUGAACUCUUUGUGAGGAAAUAAGAUCCCAAAGAUGACUUCCAUUUCCAGCAAACAAUGGCAAAUCAUUAUUAUGCACAAGAACGUACUGGUUUUGUCUAGAAUGUGCAUCUUAUACUGAUGGUACUUAAGGCAGCCUCCUGUCAUGCUGCAUCUGGCAAAAGGAACACUUGUUUUCUCUUUGCCUUUUGCUGGAAAAAGUAACCAGGGUUAAAAAGAAAAAAGAGUAUCACUAAGCCUAGUAGUAGUGGCUCAGCCAACUGGCUUUUGAUCACUCUUGUAACUAAGAUAAUGAUCAUUGGAACUAGUGGUAAAAACCUGAGUCUUAUUUGCACUUUAUGGUGAAGAAAAAGUCUAGCUCAAUGGGAAGGAGCUUUGUAAGUUUAAAAUCUGUGGCAGACUGGUAAUAGGCACGGAGAUAUAUUGGACAUGUGAAACUAAAUUGGAUAUUUCACAGAUUUGUAGAGUGUCAUCUCAUGGUCUGUCCCAAGUGGAGCUGUUGAUGUACUGUUCAUCACUUUGCAGAACACUGGUUCAGCUCUUUGAUAGCAUGACUUUCCAAACAGAUUUUUGUCUACACAAUCAUUGCAUUUCCUGGAUUUUGUUUGCUUUUCAAGAAGCAAGUUCUAGCUAGUUGCACUAGUUGCACUGCUCUUUUUGUCUCAGGACUGAGGGGUUAGUAGUUAUGUAUCUGUUCACAACUUUGUAAAACCAUUUCCUUUCUGUUCUGAGCAGGAUGGGUUCUACAUUUUCUAUUUUCACAGUUGGGUACAGCAGCUGUUUUCUCCCUAAAGUCUGGUAAACUUGGAAGGCUUAUGGCACAUAAUACUUUGGCACUAAAGGCCAGUGAUAUGCAGAGUUUAGGGUUUGCUUUGUGACUUCUCCAUCUGUUAUGUUCUGUAUGACACAGAUACGAAUCUGAAAGGAAAAGAGAUAUCUGGCAGUCUGACAAAUAUAUGAUAAAUAAUGGGUAACUUAGACUUGAUUUUUAUGUUGAUUAUUCUUAGUUAACACACUUGUUUAAUUUUGCAUGCAUGUGUAAUUUGAAUGAAACAGCAAUUCCGUUUCAGUUGGUCUGUUA